AUGGAUCGUGGAACCACCUUGCGACAUUUUGCCAAGACGGUGGUGAAUCUUAGCAGUGCUUUACUCUUAGCUAGGCUUCCGAUUCCGAGAAAUCGGAAUGUCGGAUUUGUCGAACUCCUCAGCUUGGGAGACUGCCGGAAAACGAACCUUCGUUUGUCGUACAACCUCAAAAUCAAAAUCUAUCUGCCGUUUUAUGUGGACUUUCCUCCGGAAAAGAACCUCACAACAGAUGGAGAAGUGACUAUAGAUAUACUCGUGCGCGAACCAACAAAUUCUAUUGUGCUGAACCAGAAUGGUCUUGCCAUCAUAUCAGAUAGAUGCGAACUGCACUCAAAUGGUGCACGUCUUUUUAUCCAGAAAAUGAUAGUGGAAGAUGAUCUUGAGAAGGUUACCUGGGUAUUAAAAGAAGCAUUGCGAGCAGAUCAGAUUGUGAAACUAAAGGUCCUCUUCACAGGAAUUGUGAACUCCAACCUGAACGGGCUCUAUCAAAACUAUGACUACUACGAGGAUUCCGAUUCACCCAGGAUAGCAGCCGUGACGCAGUUUGAACCAACGCAUGCUCGAAAAAUGGUGCCCUGUUUCGAUGAACCAGAGUACAAGGCAAUUUGGAAUGUCACUGUCAUUCAUCCAAGAGGGACCAGUGCAAUAUCAAAUGGACUCGAAAUGAGCGAAACCACCGAGCCUGAUGGAAAAUGGAAAGUGUCGAUGUUUCAUCCGUCACCCUUAAUGUCCUCCUACCUUCUUGCCAUUGUUGUUGCUGAAUAUGACUUUGAUGAAGCGUAUACAGAACGGGGAACAAGGAUCCGAAUGUGGUCACGUCCGUCAAAGAGUCCCAAGGUCAGGAAAAUACUGGUGAAUAGAACGACGGUUUUCAUCAGUUUGUUUGAGAAGUAUUUUGGCAUAAAUGAUAUUGCGGUGAAACAAGAUCUAGUUGCUGUUCGUGAAUUUGGUACUGGAGCAAUGGAAAACUGGGGUUUGAUUACAAUCAGGGAGGAAUUUGUACUCUCAGACUAUAUUGAUCUCUAUUCAGCGAUGCGGCUUGUGGCACACGAGCUAGUUCAUCAGUGGUUCGGCAAUUUGGUGACAAUGAAAUUUUGGGAAGAUCUAUGGCUCAAUGAAGGUUUCGCUACCUUUUUCGAAAAGAUUGUGCAAUGGGAUCUAAAAGUGCACGACGAAGACCUGCAAGUGUCCCCUGCUGACUUGCUGCUUGAUCUUUACAAAGCUCUCGAUGCUGAUUCUUCAACUACAAGCCGCCCACUUUCUUCUAUAAUCGAAAUACCUAUGGAAAUUGAAGAAAGUUUUGAUGGGUUAUCUUACAGCAAGGGAUGCUCUAUCAUAGCAAUGGUAAAAUCUGUGAUAGGAAAGAUAAAUUUUAAAAAAGCAGUUAAUCAUUAUCUCAAGAAGUUUUCAUUCAAAAACGCUCAUCGUGAUGAUCUCUGGCAAGCUUUCGACGAAGCCAUUGAUGCAGUUCCAGGACCCUAUAAAAGUGCUUUAAACGUCCAGGAUUUUGGUAACCAGUGGACUAUGCAGAUGGGUUUUCCUCAUGUUACCGUAAAAAACUUCAAUUCUACUGCUGUGGUUAUAACUCAGGAGAAGUAUAGAAGAAAUCCCUCAAUUUCUGAAUUGCCAAAAUACCUUUCACCUCGCUACGGGUACAAAUGGGAUGUCCCGAUAUGGUAUCAAAAAUUGGGAGGACAACCGCAAUUUGCGUGGCUGAGGAGGAACGAACCGUUGUACAUAAACGUGGAUUCCACCGAAAAACCAAUCAUAUUGAACGUUCUUACAAAUUGCUACUAUAGACAAAACUAUGACAGAGAUGGAUGGCAGAAAAUCAAGGAACAACUCGAAAAAAACCCCGAGGUUUUUCCCGAGUUUUGGAGAUAUUCCCUCAUCAGUGAUGCAUUUGCAGCAGCUUUCAUCGAUCGCUUAGAUUAUGAGCUGCUUUUCGACAUGCUUUACUACGCGAAGAAAGAGAAGAGUGGUCUGGUACUGAAUUCAAUAUCAGAAAAACUGAGCGACAUAGCGAGGUUAUUCCCAGGACGACAAGGCGAUUAUGUUUAUGAUUAUACUGAGAAGAUCAUGAAGGGAAUUUCCAUUAUACACAAUUCUAUUACUGAUCUGAUAAUGGUCCGAAAUGAGAGUAAAGCUUCAAAGAAAACGAAACUGCGUCAUAAAAGUGGACACGUAAGGCUAGGCAUGGAAGCGGAGUCAUCUUUAGAACUCAAAGUUGCGACAUCUCUGACCGAGACUAUGUGCAGGAUUGGCGAAAAGAAUUGUACUAAAACGUUUCGAUCACUUUUUGAGAAAGAAAUUCUGAAUAGAUGCAAGAAGGGCGAGAAAGCCAGUGAAUGUGUCAGGAUUAAAAGACACCUUCGACGCUGCACUUAUUGUACUGGAGUGAGGACGUUGGGAGCAGUAGCACUUCGAAAGGUGGAAGAUUUGCUCAAAGUUGAGGACGACAUUGAAGAGAAGAAAGCCCUUGUAGAUGGAAUGUCCUGUGUGCGAAGUAUUAAAAAAAUGAAGCGGAUGCUCUUAAAACGGUUAGAGGAUACUGAUGGAGAUGUAAGAGACCGCCAGGAAAGAAUUACUUGGGCCUUUCAUGCUACAUACGAAGAACCGCUGGCAAAAUACUUCCUGUUCUCCUUUUGCGUUGAACACUGGGAACUGAUUUACGAAAGACUGAAAACACGUCUCGAUUACAUAAAUCAAGUGAUUUCUGCAUGCUUCAAAACAGUGCAUAGCACUACGCAGUUAAUGCUGGCAAAAACAUUUCGAAAAACUUUUCCAAGCGCCAACAAAUUUCAUAUAAUCAGGCAGCAAAUAGAGGAGGCAGAAACGAGAAUACAGUGGUUGAAGAAGAAUUCAAAGAAACUUAUCCAUUAUUUCACGACGAAGGCGAAUAUCACGAUAAAACCCGGGAGAAACUAUGAUGAUUAUGAUGAGAAGGAAAAGGAAGGUGAUAAUGGAAAUGAUGAAUCUAAAGUCUGA